AUGGGAGCAGAUAACCAGACUUGGGCGAGAGAAUUCGUUCUCCUCGGCCUGUCCAGUGACUGGGACACUCAGGUGGCCCUCUUCGCGCUGUUCUCAGUCGCUUACCUGCUGACCCUGCUGGGGAACGUCCUCAUCGUCCUUCUGAUCAGACUGGACGGCCGACUCCACACUCCCAUGUAUUUCUUCCUCAGCAACCUCUCCCUCGUGGAUGUCUCCUACGCCACGAGCAUCGUUCCUCAGAUGCUGGCGCACUUCCUCGCGGAACAUAAAGGGAUCCCCUACGUGAGCUGUGCGGCUCAGUUAUUCUUCUCCCUGGGCCUGGGGGGGACUGAGUUCGUCCUCCUGGCCGUGAUGGCCUAUGACCGCUAUGUGGCUGUGUGCGACCCCCUGAGAUACCCGGUCAUCAUGCACGGAGGGCUCUGUGCUAGGCUGGCCGUCACAUCCUGGCUCAGUGGCUCUGUCAACUCGCUCGUGCAGACCACCAUCACCUUUCAGUUGCCCAUGUGCACGAACAAGUAUAUUGAUCACAUAUCCUGUGAACUCUUAGCUGUGGUCAGGCUGGCCUGCGUGGACACCUCCUCCAAUGAGGUGGCCAUCAUGGUUUCUAGUAUUGUGUUGCUGAUGACACCUUUCUGCCUGGUUCUCUUGUCCUACAUCAGGAUCAUCUCCACCAUCCUAAAGAUCCAGUCCAUAGAGGGGAGAAAGAAGGCCUUCCAUACUUGUGCCUCUCACCUGACAGUGGUUGUCCUGUGCUAUGGUAUGGCCAUUUUCACUUACAUCCAGCCCAAUUCCAGUCUUUCUGUGCUUCAGGAGAAGUUGAUCUCUCUCUUCUAUGCCAUUUUGACACCCAUGCUGAACCCAAUGAUUUACAGUCUAAGGAAUAAGGAAGUGAAGGGGGCCUGGCAGAAACUACUCGGGCAAUUAUCUGGAUUAACAUUGAAACUAGCAGCUUGA